CUCAGGUCAAUUCCGCGUCAUGAAAAACAUGGCGGAUUAGUGUGUGCAUGGGGUCCGCUACUUGCCACCCUUCGUCGAUAAAUUAAAGCUUAUUUCUCCCAGCAAACGACAUAUUCUUGAACAGGUCAAAAUGUUUCGUCGGUCAAGAUUUAGUAUCCGGCCCAAUGUUGGUACGACAGGGAAAACAGCAGCAACACCUCCGGAAGCCCCGUCAGAAAAUCAGGAGACCAAUGAGACCCCCAAAGACGUCAGUGAGAGCUGCGCUGCUGCUGCUGCUGUGUCAGAUAACAAGCCUGUUGUGACCCCAUCAGAAAAACCUACAGUCCCAGGGGAUGGUAACGAUCAACAUGGGGAAGGUACCAGCUCCUCAGCAGCAGUCCAGAGAAGGAAGCGCGUUUCCAUCAAGCCCAAAGUGGCCCCAGGCCGCCCCUCCACCCUUGCUCGGACAGCAAAAACCCCUGCCAAGGCAGACUCUGAAACUCCUGUUGAAGUCCCUGGCUCAGACCUUGACAAGCCAACUACAUCCAGCCAAACUGGGACGUCAGCAGCCCCUCAGAGACUCCAGUCCCCAAGGAGACGGAGACUUUCAGAAGAGAGCAAGCAGCUUAAAAUUCAACCCAAAGCCACCCUCAUCCCUUCUGACAGCUCAGAACCUUCAGUUGUUCCUACAGCGGAGGACUCUCCAGAACAAACCCAUCUGCCGACGGACUGUGGCAAAGAAAUAGAAAGCACGUCAGGCAGUCAAGGUAAAGAAGUUAAACCAGAUAAAGUCCCCCUCUCUCUACCAGACAAAGAAGCUGUCGAGAUAUCAGAGAAAGCCAAGACUCUAGUGUCAUCUAAGAGUAGGCUUUCACUGUCGGCACCAGCGUUCUCCUUGAGUAGACUCCUGAAUGACCCGUCAGACUUACAGAGGCUUGCAAAGGCGCGAAAACUCAGAGAGUUGCUCAAACAGGAAAUACACAAAGAAAAGAAAAUCAAGAAAGCUAAGGCACGUGCACAGGAAUAUAAUUUAGAUCCGGCCAAAAUGACCAUGAGGGACCUCAUCCGUUAUCUGCCACUGUCUAACCCCAUGACAUCUUGUUUAGAAGACACGGUUCCAGAGAAUGAGACUGUGGUCCCGCCUUCUCCAGAGAGAGAGAAGUCACCAGUGAAAGUUAAGGAACCUGAUGUGGUCCCUAAAAUGGCAAGCCCGAGGGAGGAGGAAGUGGCAGAGGCAGAGGCGGAGACAGAGGUGGAGGCGGAGGCGGAGGCAGAAGCGGCGGCAGAUGAGGAGGCAGAUGAGGAGGCGGAGGCAGGCGAGGAGGAGGAUGAUGACGGCAUGAUGGUUCCCCAGGUCAAAGUAGCAGAGGAUGGCUCACUGAUCAUUGAUGAAGAGAGCUUGACGGUGGAAGUCCAGCGAGCCAAAGGACCAAAUCCAGCGCAGGAUCGAGACCCCAUCUUUGAGCGUGGCUCCACUACAACAUACUCAAGCUUCAGGAAAGGGACCUAUUCGAAACCCUGGUCCAGCGAAGAGACAGACAUGUUCUUCCUGGCCAUCAGCAUGGUGGGGACAGACUUUUCCAUGAUUUGUCAACUGUUUCCUCACAGAGCUCGCUCAGAGAUAAAGAACAAAUUUAAAAAAGAGGAGCGAGAGAAUUCCUGGAGGAUUGACAAAGCUUUCCGAGAUAGACGCAAACUGGACAUUGAAUAUUUUUCUAAGCUGCUAGAGAAGAUUCUGGAAGUUCAGAAAAACAGGAAGAAACUCAAGUCACUCGCUGAGAAGAAAUCCCCCAAGAAGCGCAAGAGAAAAUCAAAGGGCAAAAAAGCUGGAAGGAAACUGAGUGAUGUGGAGGAAGAAGAUGAGGAAGAGCAAAAAGAAUGUCCUGACUUGGAGAAGGAGGGAGAGAAAGAGAAUGAGGACCUCUGUAAUGAGGGAGGAACCACUGAUGUUAAGCCUAAGAAGAAACGCAAAAGAAAGAAUGCCUCGACUGAGGAACCAAAUGAUAAGAAAAACAAAAAGGGUGAAACGAGCAAUGAACAAGAUGAGGCCCUUAUGCCUGGAGACACCGAAGCAGCACUCCCUGAGGACUGUCCAAAAUCAGACAUGUCUGAAAAGACUGAGAGUGUGAAUGAAGCCGAGGACAUCUCAAUCAAGCCAGCUAAACUCUCCCGAGGCCGAGCCCCAAAACCUCUUCUGCCUUUGGGCCGGAAGUAUGGUAAGAAGCCCCCACCGCCCUCUACAAAGACCAACGAUAACCCAUCAGAUAAAGAGGAUGAGAGUGUGAUUGAUGGAGCCUCUGACAAGCAGGUAAAUAAAGAUGCAUCACCCUUAAGGCAAGACGAUAAGUCUGCCAAUGAUGACAUUUCCUCUGAAGAAGAGGUUGCCACCGUUCAACCUCCGAGACCUACCAGGUAUGGGAGACUACCUAAACCCACCAAGACCUUGAAUUACCCUGCCACAGAGGCUGCACACUCCACUGAAUCUGAAUCCAAUUAUGCCUCACCAGCAGGGUCCACUGCUUCUGCUGCCAGGCCUAACCCCAAAUGCACAGCCAAGAGGGGAAGAUCAUCAAAGCUGCAAUCAGCCCAAGAGUCCAAAAAGCCUAAACUAGUCACCCUUAGGGCUUCUCAGUUAGAAUACACUGAUGAUGAGGAUGAAACGCAGGGAGAAGAUGAAAAGGUGGAGGAGGAGCUGCACACUGCAUGUAGCCCCAGUAGGGACAGCACUGCCCCUGUGUUUGUGCCUGCCAGCCUGCGCUCUCCACAGCCUGUGAUUUCAGAAGUGGAAGAGACCAUGGAGGAGCUUGAUAUCUUGGCCAAUAUGCCUGAUGUGUUGGGCAUCUCCCAAGAUGCCCUGUGCCCCGAGGCCUCUUGCGAGCGAGCACAAAAUGAGACAGGCACAGCUGAACCUUGUGAACAUCAGCUGGACCUGCUUGUUGAUGUUAUCAACUUCCUUUCUCCAGAUCCUACAGAAGUGUCUGAGGACGAAAGCUACAAUGAGGCUGCUCAAACCCUAUUGACCAUUGGCAACAUGGCUCACCUUUCGCAGUCAGCACAGAAUCUAAUGGACAUACAAGAUCACAUAACAGGGACAACAUCAGUCAGUGUCAAUGAAACCACCCAAAUGCUGGAAGAAGAGAUUACAUCAAAGCCCGCUGCACAAGAGGAGAACAGUAGCACUCCUCUUAUCUCUGCAACUUCUGUUGAUGGACUCACAGAAACUGUUACCACUGUGAAGCUACAAAACAGCACGACAGACGAGGAUGACAUCCCCGUUAUUAAAUCCAGUGAUCAGACGAUUAGUUCUGAUAUGGACCCCAACCCUCAAUUACCCUCAAGUUUAGAAAGCUCAAACACAAGUUCUCCACAGACCAGGAGAGGACGAUUAUCCAAGGUGAAAACAAAACCUAACUUAGGCAAAGCCUCAAGGACUGCUCAGACAAAAUCCCAACCAGAGACAGUAACAGUCAGGACAGCUGAAGAGAGCCACAUGGAUGCUCCUGACGUUUCUCAAGCCACUGAGACACUAUCCGCUGCAGAGGAAGCCCCAAAGGUAGCAGACUCUAGUAAAACAUUGUUAAAAGAUGACAUUUCUUGUAUAGAAGUCAAACGUACAGAAGAGCCAUCUGGCACCAGGAAGAGUCGAUUCCAGAAAGUCAAACCCAAUCUCAACCUAGCACAGACAUCAAGGACUGUGCGUUCUAAACCUCAAACCACCAACGACAUGCUAGAAAAAGACUCAGACCCAUCUCCAAACCCAAAAUUCCAUGAAAAGAUAAUAGUAGAGGUUGAAGCAGAGCCAACUUGCACCACCUCUUCUGAACAACCAAGUGAAAGUCAAAGUCCUGCUUCAGAUUUGAUACCAUUGUUGGAUUUGGGAACUACUCUUACAGAGGAAUUGUCUACAACCGAGAAGAAAGAGACAGACCGUGGAGUUGUUGGCCAGAUGGAAUCAGAUGCAGUAACAUCACAUCAGAGUGCCUCAGAAAAUCAGAACUUGUCUGAAGCCCAGUUUGAAGCCAGGAGAGAACAGGUCACCAGAGACAAAAGGCAAACAUCUGGGUCUACAGAUAAAGUACUGAUGUCUCAUGUUGGGACCACUGAGAGUAGCUGUAAUAAUUCACUGACAUCUGAUGCAGCAGUUACAGAAUCACAGACUGGACAAGGGUCAAACAUUGACUCAACCCCAGUCCAAGAGAGCAGCGACCUACCAACUCCAUGUGUUACACCUGCAGAAGAGUUACCUGUCUGUAAGAUAGAAGAGAGUGAAGUCAGAUCUACUCGCCAGACCAGGAUGAGUCGAGUCCAGAAAGUCAAACCCAAUCUCAACCUAGCACAGGCAUCAAGGACUGUACGGUCUAAAACUCAAACCACAAAAGAUGCCAUAGAGAAACACUCCAACCCAACUCCAAACCUCAAAUUAGAUGGAAAGACAAUAAUAGAGAUUGAAGCAGAGCCAACUUGUAGCACCUCUCCUGAACAACCAAGUCCUUGUCCUGCUUCAGUUUUGAUACCAUUGUUGGAUUUGGGGACUACUCUUACAGAGGAAUUGUCUACAACUGAGAAGAAAGAGACAGACCGUGGAGUUGUUGGUCAGAUGGAAUCAGAUGCAGCAACAUCACAUCAGAGUGCCUCAGAAAACCAGAACUUCUCUGAAGCCCAGUUUGAACCCAGUUUGGAACAGAGCACCAUUGACUCGAGGUCAACAUCUGGGUCUACAGAUGAGGUACUGAGGUCACAUGUUGGGGCAAUGGAGAGUAGUUAUAAUAAUCAAGUGACAUCCGACACAGCAGUCACAGAAUUGCAGACUGGACAACGGUCAAACGUAGACUCAACCCCAGUCCAAGAGAGCAGCAACCUACCAGCUCCAUGUGUUACACCUGCAGAAGAGUUACCUGUCUGUAAGAUAGAACAGAGUGAAGUCAGAUCUACUCGCCAGACCAGGAUGAGUCGAGUCCAGAAAGUCAAACCCAAUCUCAACCUAGCACAGACAUCAAGGACUGUACGGUCUAAACCUCAAACCACCAAAGACCCUGUCACACCUAUGCAGCUUGCAGAGACACACUCCAGCCCAACUUCCAGGUCUGAUUCCACUGACGAAGCACAACCAACUUGCAGUACCACCCCUCCUGAAAAACAAAGCCAAAUUAAGAGUACUGGCACAGCUUCAGUGUCGGUACCAUCAUUGGAAUUAUGCUCUUCUCAUAAAACCACCGAUGAAUUAUCUUCAACAGAGAAGCAAAACAUAGAUGUUGGAUGUGGACUAGACUCAAACUCGGAGGGCUCCGGACAAAAUGUGCUUCACAGAAGGCAACGUUUUCCCAAAGUCAAACCUAAACCCAAUUUAGGCUCCUCUCCUCGAACUACACAAACAAAACUGCAGUCAAGUGUUAUCAGUAAACCUUUAGAACAGUGCCAUAUGGACACCUCUUUAACCACAGAACAACAGCCUGUGGACAAUAACAACGCACAAUCAGAACUGGAACUCGCAGAGACAGACGGCAAGCACUUGACUUCAACACAUUGUUCAUUACGUACAGAACUUAUCAGCUCAACAUUAAGACCUGCAGAAUCAGAUAAGUCACUAGACCGCACAAGUGAUAAGGGUAUGUCCUUUGACGGUGUCGUCAUAGCAUCAUCUUGGGUCGCUGAGAAUCAGUCUGUGCUGACAGACUCAGUCUUUGAAAAUGAGAGGAGUGAAAAACCUGCAGUAGAAGGGGAAUCCACAGGGGACAAAAUGUCAAAUAAUGAUAAGGUGGAGGCUGGACCUGCUUCGCAACAGGAAAAAUCCAUUAAAGCUACAGAGACAAAUACCCAACCAACAGCAGUUUCAGAUGUCCAGUCUUCAAAAGAUGGUUCAACAGAGUCAUCAUUGGAAGAUAUAUGCCCGACUAUUACACAGUCGACACCAGAUUCAAAGGAAAGAACUGAAACUAAUCAAACAGCUGCCCGAAGCACUGAUGACAAUCAGUCGGAGCCAACCGACUCUCCCUCAAGAAAAGCUCCCCAGACUCGUAGAGCCAGGCUUAUUAAACCCAAACCCAGCCUGGGACGCAGCAGACGACCUCUACAACCCCAACAAGUCCAGAAUACAAAACAAGCAGAAGCAGAAAUUGGUACUUGCUCAGGUGUGGAUGGUGUGUCUGAACGUCGACCUGACAUCCAAGAACCAGUAGAGGGAGCUAUUGAACAAUGUAGGGACCAAAUUCCCUCUCCAAAUGUAGCUGGAUCCGCUCCGGGUUGUUUGGCACAAGUACGUGACAGUUGUACUCAGGAUGCAUCAACGUCAAGUACCCAAAGUCGUCCAAGUCUCACAAGAUUUCCAGACAUGCGGCAGGAACCUUCAGAUGCAGAUGAACCGUUCUUCAUCCUCUCUCUGACAGAGAUCCCAGUCUGCUCAUCUGGGGCGGCAGUGGGCAGUGUGCCUGAGCCCCUCCCUUAUCUUCAUGUAACAGAUGCAUCAAUAGAGCAACAGAGUAUUCCUGGAGAGAGUUUGGGAGCAGCAGGAGACAGGCCUCUCUCUAAUGUCCCUGUGCCUGCCAUGGAGGAGAGUGGUGAGACAGGCCUCAUCAAUGUGAAAGACAUUGGGCCGGACCCAGCUGCAUAUAUAGGUUCGAUCGUGGGGAAUCCAGUGGAUCCACAUGAGAGUACUACAGUUCAUCCAUCUAAAGGACAAGAGACAAUAGAGAAUAAUGAUGAGACCCCCCCUACAAAGCAGAGACUAAUGGGCACUAGAAGAAGAGAACCAGCCAAACUGCAGGUUAAGCCCAAUAUUACAAAGAGGAAACAAGCCAGCAAGACCCUCGCUGCAAAGAAAGCUGAGUCCAUCUCCAUCCAAACAAACACCCCCCAGCUCUCAGAGCUUCCUGGGCCUUCUGUGCCGUCAAAAGCCUUCGAUGAUGUUGUCACUGAGCCACAGAAAGGAAGUGGUCAUCAUGUAGAUGUGGAAAAGGAGAAAAGAAAAGGCAAAGGUUCCCUUUCCUUGGUUUCUGAGACAAACAUCGUUGCACCUGCAAGCGAUUCUCCACCUGGCAAAGCAGCUUCCAAGAGCUCUAAGUUCAAAACUCCCCGCGCAGCAGGAAAGAAAACUCCCCCAGCACAUGUAGCCUCAACAUCAUAUGAUGUCGCUCCCACACCUAGCCCGACACAUUCGGCAGAGGACACCCACUCCUCUACCACAUCCUCAACUCAAACGGAGGCUGUCGUCGUAAAGACUUCUGAGCGCAGCCGACCAUGUUCAGACCAAAGUCCGAGCACCUCCCCGUGUCCAGCUGAGGUUUCAGCUUCUCAGCAGAGUGACUGUGUGGAGAGCAGCUCUAUAGAGGAGGAGCCCACCAGUGUGUCUCAGUACUUCUUAAGUGACAUUUUUACAGAAGUUGAAGAGGGAUGAAAGAGAGGCAGGAAGGGUGGCGUUCCCUUUUUACAUUUGUGUUUUGUUAAGUUAUGUCUGUAAAGGUUAAUUUAUAACUAACUUGUUUUUGUUGCUUUUGCUGUCAGUUGUAAUGAAAUGAAGCUACAUGUACUAUACUUUCACAAGCACUUUGAACAUUUUUAAUUUACUGAAAUGUCUUUUUAAAAAGCCAGUAGUUCACAUAAUAAGUAUUGAGUUGUACAAAUUAAUAACUAAAACACUGGUAAAUCACUAGUUUGGUUUAAAGAGGAGGCAGCAUUUCCCCAAUAAUUCAUUAUGUUUCAAGCCUCAGAUUCCUUCAUUUGCUUAUUAAUUAUUAUUAUUAACUACCUGGGAUAUAUUGUACAGAAGCAAACUGGUUUAUGAGUUUUUUGUUUUAAUGCAGGCCACGACUUUGGUCUAAUGAAGAAGAACAUUACUUGACAUCAUGUACAGUUAUACGCUAAAAUGAACGACCCUUUUUUAUAAUGCCUCUUCUGUGUGUUCAUGUGCACAUUUUCAAUUAUCGAUUCUCAUCCUACAAGCAGAGGUUAGUCAAACUUUAUUUAAGGAGAAUGUUCUGCCAGCAAGCUUUCAUUGAGAGGUUUGUUGUAAUGUGUAUAUAGUGUUCAAAAAGGUCCUUGUACAGAUUCACAGCAUUCUCAACAUGUUUGAUACUUGAAACAAAAACACAUCAUGUGUUAUCUUUAACUGUUUUAUUAGUUCAUUAACAGUAAAACGUUGAAUUCUGUAAGAUCUGAAUAAAACACAUUCUUCCUCCACAACUUGA